CGCUAACCCCCGGUCUACUCCUCCGGGUCUUAAGCCUAAAGCCCCUUUCAUCUUCUUCUUCCUCAAUUCUCAUACGCACUUCCAUCUAUAAUCUAUCUCUAAUAGAUAUAUAUAUAUACACGUUGUGUUGUGUGUAUAUAUAAAUUAUAAAUUAUAAAUAUAAUUUAUAUAUACACACAGAUAUAUAGAUAUAUAUAUUUUUAAGAGCAGAAAAUUCGUUUCCCAGGUAUUAGUGCAUUAUCGUGUAUUUGAGAUCUUCGCCAGAGAUUUUUGAAUCAUUUCUGAGGUAUAAGGACGGAACAGUAAGGAGGCAUGUUGCGAUCGUGUUUUAGGCCGCUGGAGAGGUGUUUGGGCCUGCGGAGCGGCGACGGACUUCUGUGGCACAUGGACUUGAAGCCUCACGCCUCCGGCGACUUCUCAAUUGCCGUUGUUCAGGCGAAUUCCUCCCUCGAAGACCAGAGCCAAGUCCUCACUUCUCCGUCCGCUACUUACAUCGGCGUCUACGAUGGCCACGGCGGUCCUGAAGCUUCGCGCUUCGUCAAUCGCCACCUCUUCCCUUAUCUACAGCAAUUUGCAAGGGAGCAAGGAGGACUGUCAACGGAUGUAAUCAAGAAGGCUUUUCGUGCCACAGAAGAGGAUUUCAUUCGAUUAGUUAAGACAUCGUUGCCAGUAAUGCCACAGAUUGCUUCUGUUGGAUCUUGUUGUCUUGUAGGUGCAAUUUCGGAUGGUGAAUUGUAUGUAGCUAAUUUAGGAGACUCAAGAGCAGUUCUGGGGAGGAGAGCUUUUGAUGGGGAGAUGAAAUCUGUUGUUGCAGAACGAUUAACUACUGAUCAUAAUGUUUCAUGCGAGAAGGUGCGAAAGGAGGUUGAAGAACUUCAUCCUGAUGAUUCGCCUAUUGUAUUCUAUUGUCGAGGAGUUUGGAGAAUCAAAGGCAUAAUUCAGGUGUCAAGAUCUAUCGGUGACGUCUAUCUUAAGAAACCCGAGUUUAACAGAGAUCCCAUCUUUCAGCAAUUUGGAAACCCUGUACCUUUGAAGCAUCCUGUACUAACAGCAGAACCGUCAAUUGUUACCAGAAAAAUUCGGCCACAUGACUUAUUUUUGAUAUUUGCUUCUGAUGGCCUCUGGGAACAUUUAAGCGACGAAGCAGCAGUUGAUAUAGUGUUCAAAAACCCAAGACCUGGAAUAGCUAAGAGAUUGGUGGGAGCAGCUCUUCAAGAGGCUGCUAAGAAGAGGGAGAUGAGGUACAAGGACAUACAGAAGAUUGAAAAGGGAGUUAGGCGCCAUUUCCAUGAUGACAUUACAGUAGUUGUGAUUUAUCUGGAUCAACAUAAAAGAUCUUCCCAUCCUAAAGGAACGAUUGACUCUGUUAGCGCCCCCAUGGACAUCUUCUCAGCCAACGUUACAGACAAUAAAACGCUCGGGCUUUCUUGAGCAUGGACAGCCUAAUUAAGGGUAGCAUACUGACUACAUGACAAGAGUAGGCUCUCUGGUUGAAAGAACCAUCUUUCCUGGAAAGACUGUGCAGGGUUGGUGUAUAGAUAAUUAUGGUUCUUGAGCAUGAAAACAUGGUUUUUUUGCUGUUUUGGAUCUGAUGUAUACAUUUGUUUGUUCUUUAUAAUACAUAAUAUGCAAGAAGGGAUCCCAAAAUGACUUAUUUGCUGUA